GCUGAUGAAAAAGUUCAGCGUCCUAAGACUUGCUCAAGGGGCCAUCCAACGAGCCGAGGACAAGCCUCUUCCCCUUCCUCCGAAGGACUCGGCGACAGUAGAGAAGGGUCUGGAGGACGUGCCCUCAGAGCGAGAGGCUCUCCGACUUCUCGAGGAGAGAAAACGGAUUCACCUCCCCGAUGAAUCUGUAAGGGUGAUUCCUCCACAGACGAGGGGGGUGAAAAAGAGUGGGAAGAAGAAGAGGAAGCGGGAUUCUUCUUCCCACAAGGAGAGCUCGGCCAAGAGGCCCUCUGUGGGUACGAUCCCCACGGCCGUACCCCUCCGCAUAAAGUCGGUUAAUGAGGAGGCGUCGCCCCCUUUGGAUUCUCCUCAGCCGGCUUCAAACAAGGGGAAGGAGAAAGUGGGGGAGUCUUCCGCGGCUCCCUCUUCGCAGUUUGCCGAGGUCUAUCGUCGUCGGGAAGUUUCCCCUUUUCGACACGAGACACCCUUUCCGGAGUUGGGGCAUAAGGGCUUAAUUGUUCGCUUUAACAGGGCGACGUCCAACUUAAUCAGCAAGGUGGACGUCGACCUACUAGAGUCCAUGCCCCCCCGUGAUAGGGUGCGUCAAGCACAAGCUUCGGCGGCAGAGGCGUUCAUACGGUUGGCUUUUGAGCUCGACGCAAACCGUCAAAGUGCCGCAGACCAGGAAACCGUGGCUGCCCUUACCUCCCGCUGUGAGGAGCUUAACGACGAAUUAUCAAAAUUGCGGGAGGACCUGCCGGGCCUAAAAGAGAAACUGGCCAAGUGUUCUGAGCUGAAAGAACGCUUGGUCAGGACCGAACAAUGGCGGGAAAGGGCAAGGAAGCAGCUGGACCAGACCAUCGAGAACUUAGAUGCUGCUUCCACCAGGUCUGCGAGCCUCGGCCAUGAAGUCGGCUUGCUGAUGGAUACCCAUGCCAAGCUCGUUCAUCAGAACCAGCAACUUAUGCAGCAAGUAUCGACUGAUUCUGCCCACUUCGAGAUGAUCCUAUCCGCGGCUAAGGUGUACAAGCUGUGUUUAACCAGGAAGGCCAGGAUAGCUCGAGACUGGCUUCUUUCGGAUGAGCCGGAAGCGUCGAAGUUUCUUGGAGAUCUGACGGCGGAAAUGGUGAAGGCCGGAACCCUGAUUAGUGACGAAAAGUAUCGUUUGGCUGCCGCAGAGUUGGGCAUGGAUUUUACCUUCCUUCAGCAAACUGCUGAUCAGAAGGGGAGUGAAGCCUUGUCCAACCUUGCUCCUGUCUUGGACGGGGAGUCGGCGGUACUGGUCGACGCUGUCUGGGAUGCGGAAGAAAAGAGGGCCUGGUCCGAAAGGAUGGAUGCUGAGGCUGAGAGGGAGGCUUUAUGUCUCAACUUGGAUCAGUUGGCUCUCUCUUCUCCUCCGGCGUCAGAUGUCCCGGAAAACUUGACGCUCUCCAACCUGGAGGUUUUGUGCCUUGAUCUAUCGAAUCUUAUUAUUGACGAAGGUAGGAACCUCCAGGGCUUGUCCCAAGAGUUGUCCGAGAUCGGGGUGGAGCCGUUUAACGCUGAAGAUUAUAUAAGCUUCACCCCCAGUCUCGAAGAGGGAAGGAUCGGGUCUCCUCUGCCGCCGAAUCAAGACGUCGAGACCUUUUUGAAAGAUGUAUAAUCUUGUAAUUUUUGUAAUUUUGAUUUUUACAAACAUUCAACUCUGUAUUAUGAAUAUUUUGAUGUAUAUAUAUAUUCCCGAUUACGGAGUUUAUUCGUGGUAUCCAUGCUUUUGUUUGUUGAGCCGUGGCUUCUUUCGUCUGAGGCCGCGGAAUAUUGCUUGAUCUUAUUAGCAGAAGACGUGAUUUGUCGAUGUCACGCGCAGGCGACAUCAAGGAGAUUCGUACUUAGAAUAUUUCCAACCCUUAGACCCAGUACGGGGGUCCGACUUGUCGAUAUCCCGGUUGGGGGUAUCUUAGUUGGAGACUUGGGAUUUUUUGAACUCAGGGACCCCAAACUGGGGGUCCGACUUGUCGACGUCCCGGUUGGGAAACAUCAAUGCGAGAAACUUAGAAUUUUUUGAACUCAGGGACCCCAAAUUGGGGGUCCGACUUGUCGACGUCCCGGUUGGGAAACAUCAAUGAGAAACUUAGAAUUUUUUUGAACUCAAGGACCCCAAACUGGGGGUCCGACUUAUAAACGUCCCGGUUGGGAAAUAUCAAUGCGAGAAACUUAGAAUUUUUUGAACUCAGGGACCCCAAACUGGGGGUCUGACUUAUCGAUAUUACUGGUUUAAUAAGAUUUGCAAAAGAAUUUUACCAAAUAUUUGCGAAUUAUAAGAGCCGGAUAAUCUGAAAAACCUGUUUAUUAAUGAUUCGAUAAGGAUACAAGCGAUGAUUGAAGUAAUUGAAUUACAACGCAACUAUGUUGCGGAAUGAAUGUAGUCGCGGAUUGGUACAGAUGAGCCUGUCACUGAUGAGGCUGUGGAUGCUUACUGAUUGCCCCUUGCAAAUUUUAUUAAAUGAACAAUUUUUUCAAAUGGUCUCCAUUCCAUGGUCGGGGUAGCUUUUUCCCUUUCAUGUCUUCUAGUUCGAAAGUUCCUGGUUUGAUGACGUGGGUGACUUUGAAAGGUCCAUCCCAGUUGGCCCCUAAUUUUCCUUUCUCCACAAUCUUUCCCGUGGCUUCUAUUUUUCGGAGGACCAAAUCACCAAUUUGAAUGUGUUUGGUUUUGACGUGGCGAUUGAAGCUACGGAUCAUCUUUUGUUUUUGUGCUAUUGAUCUCAGCAUAGCGUUUCCUCUUGUCUCCGGCAGCAGAUCUAAGUUUUCUCUUUUUCCUUCCUCAUUCUCAUCGUGUGAGUAGUAUGUGACCCUUGUGGAGGGUAUGCCUAUUUCAACUGGGAGCACGGCUUCAGAUCCGUAUACUAAAGAGAAAGGUGUAUGCCCCGUUGCGUCUUUGAUGGUUGUUCGACUUGCCCAUAAGAUGCCUGGUAGUUCUUCAUCCCAAUUACUUUUGACCCCGUCUAUCUUCUUCUUAAUGCCAUUCAGGAUCUCUUUGUUUGCGGACUCUACUUGACCAUUAGUUUGCGGCCUGGACACAGAAUUGAAUCUGAUUUGGAUUUUAAACUUGUCGCAGUACUCGAUGGUGUUCUUGCUGACGAACUGCCUUCCAUUAUCUGUUAUGAUCACCCGGGGGAUGUCGUACCUUGUGAUGAUAUUCCGCCAUAUAAACUGACAGACUUGUUUGUCCGUGAUUGAGCUAAGGGCUUCUGCUUCUACAUAUUUUGUGAAAUAAUCAAUGGCCACAAUGAUGAAUUUGCGUUGCCCUUUUGCCGGAGGGAAGGGGCCAAGGAGGUCCAUGCCCCACCUGUCGAAAGGUAGGACGGCUUGCAUUGCGGUCAAGUAAUUAGAUGGCUUCCUUCCUAUCUUUGAGUGGUACUGACAUUCAGGACAUCUUUUGAUCAAAUACUCCGCGUCUUCUCGGAGUGAGGGCCAAUAAUAUCCACUUCUAAGGAUUUUCCCAAUGACAGUUCGUACUCCUUGGUGUAUACCGCAUCCACCCUCGUGUAUUUCGCGGAGGAUAUAGUUUCCUUCUUCAGGGGAUACGCAUUUCAGGAGGGGGUGUGUAUAUGACUUCUUGUAGAGCGUUCCUUCGUGGAGUUCGAACCAUCUGGCUUUCUUCCGGAGUAUUUUGGCCUGACUUUCCUCUUGGGGAAGCGUCUGAUUCCGCAAAUAUUCGAUGUAUGGCUCCAUCCAUGUUUCUGAUCUGUCGAUGGUAUCGACCAUGAAGUUGAUGCUGGGGUUAGGAAGUACUUCCCAGAUUAUGUCUCGAGCCGCGGAUGUUUCUGCUGAGCUGGCAAGCUUCGCUAGGGAAUCAGCCUGGGCAUUCUGGGAUCUUGGAAUGUGUUCCAACGUAAACUUGUCGAAUUUUUGAACAAAUUCCUUUACUUGCUGCAGGUACAUUUUCAUGCUAUCAUCUUUAGCUUCGAAUUCCCCGUUCACUUGUCCAACAAUCAAUUGGGAGUCAGAGAAGGCGGACAAUUUUUUGGCUCCCACUUCGUUGCAAAUUCUCAGUCCCAUCAAUAAUGCUUCAUAUUCAGCCUCGUUGUUGGAUGCUGCGAACUCGAACCUGACCGCCCUUUCCAUACGGACCCCGGCGGAAGACACAAUGAGGAGUCCAGCCCCACUUGCUGAUUGUGUUGAGGACCCAUCUACAUACAACUUCCAUUCCUGAUUGGGUUCAGGAUGAUAGGGGAGAGUGCUUUCAGCAAUGAAGUCAGCCAGAGCUUGGGCUUUGAUUGCUGUUCGAGGCUCAUAUUCGAUGCCGAAAUCUGCUAGCUGGUUUGCCCAAUCUGUGACGCGACUUGACUUGUUUUUCCCUUCCAGAAUCUUUUUCAAAGGUUGAUCAGUCCGGACGAUGAUCUGGUGGGAUUGAAAGUAGGGCUUCAAUUUCCUGCUUGCCAUGACGAUUGCGAAUAUGACUUUUUCGAUUUCUCCGUAGUUUCCCUCCGAGCCACGGAAUGCAUGGCUUACAUAGUAUAUAGGAAGCUGUUUCUUUUCCCUUUCCGCAACUAAUACUCCGGAUAACAAAUAUUCGGAGACAGAGACGUAUAGGACUAGCUUCUCCCCUUUGAUGGGCGAAACUAGUUUUGGCAAGGUGGACAAGUGCUCUUUAAGUUGGCGGAAGGACUCUUCUGCUUCUUCUGUCCACUCGAACUUCUGUUGUUUUAUUGUUUUAAAGAAGGGUGAACAUUUAUCCGCAGAUUUGGAAAGGAAUCUUCCAAGAGCAGCCACACACCCCGCGAGCUUUUGUACUUCUUUUACUGAGGUAGGGGACCUCAUGUUCUGUAUAGCCCGGAUCUUAUCAUGAUUUGCUUCGAUACCUCGCUCGUCUACCAGGAAGCCGAGGCACUUUCCUCCGGUAACUCCAAACACACACUUGUCAGGAUUGAGCUUCAUUUGGUGCUUUCGAAGGGUAAGGAACGUCUCUCGUAAGUCUGCGGCGUGCUGACUUGCUUGUUUGCUUUUUGUGAUCAUGUCGUCUACAUAUACUUCCAAAUUCCGUCCAAUCUGAGAUUGGAAGACCUUGUUGAUCAUCCUUUGAUAAGUUGCUCCCGCGUUUUUUAAUCCGAAGGGCAUAACCUUGACUCCCAUGCUGGUAAUGAAGGCUGUGUGAGGUUGAUCUUCAAUUGCCAGCGGAAUCUGAUGAUAGCAGGCAUUGGCGUCCAUGAAGCUUAAUAACGCAUGGCCUGCUGUAGAAUCCACCAGACGAUCUAUCUUUGGAAGUGGAUAAUCGUCUUUAGGGCACGCCUUAUUCAGGUCCGUGAAGUCGACGCACAUCCUCCACUUGCCAUUCGGUUUUUUCACCAGGACAACGUUGGAUAGCCACUCAGAGUAUUUGCAUUCUUUAAUAAAUCCGGCUCUUAACAACUUCUCGACUUCCUCCUUGGCGGCCUCCGUCCGCUCUCUUCCUUGAUGUCGUAGCUUUUGUUUUAUGGGUUUAUAGCCUGGUUUGAUGUCAAGUUUAUGACACGCGACACUGGUAGGGAUGCCAGGCAUUUCUUCCGUACAAAAAGCAAAGACGUCGCGGAACUCAGCAAUGGUGGCCACUAUGUCCUGUUUGACCGUGCUAGGAAGAUCUUUCCCUACCUUGAUUUGUUUCCCCUCGAACAUGUCUACUUCCUCGUAUCGUUCUAUGGGGCGAGGCCUUUCAUGCGUGCUGGGAUUUUCUUUGUAUACACUCAUGACAGCUGGGACAUUGUCUUCCCUUUUUCUUUUUGCAGAUGUCUCGGAAGACCCGUGCUUCAGGGUGUUGACGAGGCAUUGGCGAGCCGUCACCUGGUCUCCCUUGAGAAUGCCAACUUGUCCAUUAUCUGUCUCGAAUUGCAGCAAGAGUUGAUGGGGAAAGAUUGCUGCCUUGACCUUAUUAAUGAGUGGGAGCCCCAUGAUAGCAUUGUAGGGGAAGUUGAGAUCUACCACUGUGAACCGUAUGGGCAUGGUCCGGCUUUCACUUCUCUCCCCUACCCCCACGGGGAGAAUGAUCGUGCCCAACGGAAUGACCUGACUUCCUCCAAACCCAAUCAGUGGUUUGUCUAGGGGUUGUAAGUGUUUUUCCUCGAACUUCAUCUUUCUCAAGCACUCCAUUGUAAUAAGAUCAGCCGUGCUUCCCGUAUCUACCAACACCCGUCUGACUUUCAUUUGCCCGAUUUUAAGAGUGACCACCAGAGGGUCGGUAUGGGGUUGUUGCAGCGGUUGGGAGGUCGUGGCGUCGAACUUCAUGACCGGUCCCUUAGAUGCGGCCAUGGGAGGUCCUUUCAGCAAAGUGUGGACGCUGUUUUUUGCAGCGCGGAUAGUGGGAUAUUCUUCAGUGUAUCCCCCAAAAAUCAUGUUGAUAGUUCCUUGAGUGUCGGAACUUUCGCGUCUGGCUUCGUUCCUCUUGGGGGAUGUGCGUUUCUGUUGCCAUGGCCUCCUUUCCCCUUCUCUUCCAGCAUCAUAAUCCCUCCUGUUGAGGAACCGGGAUAGUUUUCCCUCGUCAGCCAACUGAUGCAAGAUGCGCUUUAGUUCGCGGCAUUGUGUCAGAGUAUGGCCGUGCUCUUUGUGGUAAUCACACCACAGAUUGUAGUUGCGCCUAUCAGAGGGGGUGGUAAUAGGAGGUGGAGCUGGCAAUUGAUCUCGAAUAGCGAAGAAAAUGUCCCUCUUGUUUCGAUUGAAUAUGGGGUCGUUUCCUCCAUCUCCCAGAUUCCGCGUCCUAGUAUCUCCUUCUGUAACAUACACGCCUCGGGCUCGCGGAGGUCCCAUAUCAGAUGGUGGUGUAGGAUGACGCGGCAUGUGAUUCUUCUCUCUCCUCGAAGAGUGCUCCUCCCUAUUUCGUGAGGAUUGAUGAGAGGGCCCGUUAUCUUUUUUCUCAAAUUUUCGCCUUUUCGGAUCAUGUGCUUGACAUAUCUCCGAAGCCGUGACAUAGCUUUGGCAUUGUUUCAUGGCAUCUGCGUAUGUUUUUACUUGGCUUUCAACCAACUGGAACUUCAGCCGUUGGGCCUUCAUUCCGUUGAUUAGGGCAUUUAGUGCAACCGACUCCUCCAAAUCAGUCACUUCCAGCACUGCCUCAUGGAACUUCUUAAGAUAUGAGGAUAUGGACUCUCCUUCCAAUUGAGUGACACUAAGCAGGUGGAAGUUUGAUUUCUCCUGCCUUUUUGAGGCUAUAAAGUGGCCCAAGAACCUGCCCUCUAGUUGGGCAAAGUUGUGGAUGCUUCCUCCGGGAAGGGCAGUGUACCACAUCAAAGCUACUCCUGUAAGAGUAGUUGGAAAGAACUUACACCAUAAUGAUGAGUUAGUGGUGUACAACAACAUAAGAUUCUUAUAUGCUGUCAGGUGUUCCUGCGGGCAUGACGUGCCAUCGAAAGCAGCCAUGUUCGGUACUUUUAUUUUCCCGGGAUUGGGAGUAUUCAGUAUCUCCAUGGCCAGGGGAGAGACUAAUGAUAUGGGCUCUUCAGGGAGGUCACUCUUGUCGGCCUCAUUCCGCGGUAUGGAGGUGGGAGUGAGGGGACGGCUAGACCCCGCGAGUUGCGCCUUCUUCCUUUCCUCCCUUCUUUUAUCUACCAGGGAUUGGACGCUCUCAGACGUCUUUCGUUUUUUGCUCUCUAGGAAGGUUCGGGCAUCUGGAGUGGCGGUUUUAGAUUCGCCAUCUCGUGCAUCUGUCUUGCUAUGGGGCGGGUAAGUUCUGGACCUUUCCCGCCUGUUUUUAUUGCGUCUACUAGAAUGGGAAGUCCUCGAGUUCCCAUCUUGAGAUUCAUGAGAUUUUGGUAUCUCUUGACGAGGCUCGAUUCGUUCCCGCAGAUUUUUUAUUUGAUCCGCCAUAUCCUCCAAUGCUUGUUGCGGAGCAGGAUUAUUGUUGUUCAUGACGGCGCGGAGCUGUUCGGAAAAUGCAGCAGUGAGGUUUCGUGCUAGCAUGUCCAGAUCACGGCGGGUCACAGCCUGAUUGUUGGCCUGACCUGCAGAAGUGUCUGUAUCUGUGCUAUGCACGGUUGCGGUUUGUGUAGGAUUUCUUUUGGGAGCCAUGACUUUUUAUAAUAGUCCCCACAGACGGCGCCAAACUGUUUCGGUGAUGAAAUGAGGAAGUGGGAUACACUUGAAAUACCUGGAGAUAAGUAGAAGUGUGAUCAAGAGAGGCGACUUAUGAGAGGAAGCGACCUGAAUUCCUGCAAUACAACACGUUAGCCUUGUCCGGGGGGUGAUCUCCCGGAAAACCCCUCCGACGCUCAAGUCAGAACGUAGAUCGGAGAUUAAUGAAUGACAGAUUGUAGAAUGAAUGCAAGAAGGAAAGUCGGGAUUGGGAUUGCUAGUGCUAGUGCUAGUGUUUGGGAAGGCUAAGGGAGUAAUGUAAGCAAGGAUACUUGGAAAGCUAUUUCAGAUGUCCUUCUCCUCUCUGAUGGUUGUCCUAUUUAUAAUGUUGAAGGAGGAAGUUACUUCAGAGAGGAGAGGUAGAAGAUCAUGGGAGUAGUGGGAGGUGGACUGGUCAUGGGAAGAGUGGGUAGUUAUUCAUUUUCAAGCAAGGAGAGCCAUACAAUGUGGGAGAGUGGGAAAUUAGGGUAACUGGCUCAUGGGCCAUUCAAGGAAGAUGGGACUUCCAGAAAAAGCCCAUUGACUGAAAGUCAAGGUCAACGAAAAAAUGUCAA